AUGCACCUAAAAUGUGUGUGGGACAACAGAGCUACAAGCAAGACUGAUAUUCUGGAGAGAAACGGUCAAUAAUUAACAUUUGUGGACAAGUUAGGUCACUUACUUAUCUGUCUAAACGGGAAAGCUACCUGAACUCAUCGUGUGCGUAGAGCGACAAGUGUUGACAGGAGAGGAAAGAGAUAAAAGCUGGAAAUGUUGUGACACAAGAGGGUGAACUGUGCAGAGGCUUCACUUCAGCUGCUCCCCCGGUGCAGAGAACAUGUCCUCCACCACCAUACCACCGCCACAAUGCUUGAAGAAACCUCUAACAGUUCCUCAUCGCUACAUGUUUGGACCGGGGCCUUCAAAUGUUCCUGGGCGCAUCCUGUUGGCUGGAGCCAAGCCGGUCAUCGGACACAUGCACCCCGAGAUAUUUGAGAUAAUGAAAGACAUCAAGAGUGGAAUCCAGUACUUGUUCCAGACUCGGAAUGAGGUCUGUUUCGCGGUGAGCGGCACCGGCCACUCCGCCAUGGAGUGCGCCCUGUUCAACGCGGUGGAGUCCGGGGAGCGAGUCCUGGCCGCCGUCAACGGCAUCUGGGGGGAGCGGGCCGCCGACAUGGCGGAGAGGAUCGGUGCCAGAGUAAACACCGUGGUGGCGCCUCCUGGUGGCUACUUGACCAACACCGAGAUUGAGAAGGCUUUGUCAGAGCACAGGCCCGCCGUGUUCUUCCUGGCACAUGGAGAGUCCUCCACAGGAGUCCUGCAUCCUCUGGAUGGAAUCGGACAGCUGUGCCACAAAUACGACUGCCUGUUUCUGGUGGACUCUGUGGCUUCGAUUGGAGGGGCCCCUCUGCACAUGGAUCAGCAAGAGAUUGACAUCCUGUAUACAGGCUCCCAAAAGGUUCUGAAUGCCCCUCCGGGUACGGCACCCAUUUCUUUCAGUGAAAGAGCAUGCCAAAAAGUAUUCAAUCGGAGGACAAAGCCUGUGUCUUUCUUCUUGGAUUUAAGUUGGCUUGCAAACUACUGGGGGUUGGAUGGCAAGCCCGCCAGAGUAUAUCACCACACAGGUCCGGUCACGGCCUUUUACUCCCUCAGGGAGAGCCUGGCUGUGCUCGCUGAAGAGGGUCUUGAAAAUUCAUGGGAGCGACAUCAAAAAAUGGCGGAGUAUUUCCACGCUGGCCUGGAGAGGAUGGGUCUCAAGCUCUUCGUCACGGAGAAACGCGCAAGACUCCCUACUGUUACCACGAUUGUUGCUCCUCACGGAUAUGAUUGGAAAGAGGUCACAAGCUACAUCAUGAAGACACAGAAUUUAGAGAUUUCCGGAGGGCUGGGGCCAUCGGCGGGUUUGGUGCUGCGUGUGGGACUGAUGGGAUGCAACAGCAGCAAGGCGGGUGUUGACAUGGUGUUGGCAGCACUGAAAGAUGCUCUGAAACACUGUCACAAGAGCAAAGUGUAACAUGCUUUUGUUUCAGUUGUGGUGGAAAAAAAUGUGUAUAAUUUGUGUCAAUCUUACUGUUACAUGUGUCAGAAAUAAACAGUAUCUCUAGGACAGUCUUGUGCCGAUGAUCUUAAAUGUUG